GGGAGGACGAGGAAGAGCCGGGAACCUAGGCUGGCCACGAGGCGGAGCCGAGCCCGGAUUACCGAGAGGAUGGGAUGGAUUUAGCCAGUGACGCCUGCAGCAGCAGCCGCUCCAGCUCACGGUCUAACUCCAGCAAAGUGACCCCGUGCUCCGAGUGCAAAUCCUCCUCCUCUCCCUCCUCCUCCUCCUCCCCCGGCAGCCUGGACUUGGUGGCUGCCCUGGAGGACUAUGAGGAGGAGGAGAGUUUCCAGGUCUAUCGGAAGACGGUGAUUGAUGAGUGGGAAGAAGAAGAGGACGUGGAGGAAGAGGAGGAGGAAGAAGAGGAGGACAACGAAGACCAAGGGUACAGGGACUCGGGACACAGCGCUGCGUACGACCGCUAUGAAAAGCCGGCCAGCUCGAGGAGUUACGCGAAGGAGCUGGGCGCUGUGAAGCCCCCCACCUCCAGCAGGAGCACGGUUAGCAAUACCCCCACUGGCGGCGGCGGCGGCACCGGCACUGGCGCCCGGAGCACCGUCAUGCCGCCUCCGAUUCCUAAUGGCAACCUCCAUCCCCCUCCGGACCUCAGACACAACGGCAACGUGGUGACGGCCGAUCGGUCGCUGACUGGUCACCGGGGAGGCCACCCCAACCCCCUGCAGAAAGGGCGGCCUGCGGUGGGGAGGCUGGGCGGCCCGGGCCCGGGGCCCGCGGGGCUCCUCCCGCUUCACCCUCUGGACAGUGGGACUUGUCUCAAGGAGGAGCCCCAGCUCCCCACUAUGGACUGGGAGGCUUUGGAAAGGCAUCUGGCUGGCUUACAGUUUCAGGAACAGGAGGGACGCAACCAGAGCCAAGGGAAACCCAACUCCGCCUCGGCACAGAAAAACGAGAGAGAAUCCAUCAGGCAGAAGUUGGCGCUUGGGAGUUUCUUUGAUGAUGGCCCAGGAAUUUAUACCAGCUGCAGCAAAAGUGGGAAACCCAGCCUUUCAUCCCGGCUACAAAGUGGGAUGAAUUUGCAAAUUUGUUUUGUGAAUGACAGCGGCAGUGACAAAGACAGUGAUGCGGACGACAGUAAGACAGAAACAAGCCUGGACACCCCUUUGUCACCUAUGAGCAAGCAGAGCUCUUCCUACUCUGACAGAGACACAACUGAAGAGGAGUCAGAGUCCCUGGAUGACAUGGAUUUCCUCACCAGACAAAGGAAGCUGCAGGCAGAGGCCAAGAUGGCACUUGCAAUGGCCAAGCCAAUGGCCAAGAUGCAAGUAGAAGUGGAGAAACAAAACAGGAAAAAAUCUCCAGUGGCUGAUCUUCUUCCUCACAUGCCUCAUAUAAGUGAAUGUUUGAUGAAAAGAAGUUUAAAACCUACUGACCUGAGAGACAUGACCAUUGGGCAGCUCCAAGUGAUAGUCAACGAUCUCCACUCCCAAAUAGAGAGUAAGUAGCAGACACCUUGUUUUGACUAACUGAAUUCAAUGAACAUUUAUUGAGCACCUACUACAUACAGUGCAAUGUGCUAGAUGCUAAUGAAAUAAUGAGAAAUAAAAAAAGAUAAAUAUCCCAUUAGAACCCUAAUAACUUCAAAGGUCAUAGUGGAAAUCAAAUAAGAAAAACAGAGGGACUGGUAGUUUUUUGCUUUUUGCUUUUCUGUUCUAAUGCCUUAAGAGAGGAGAUAAAGGGAAGGAUAUAUGAAUAUAUAUACUAGGGGGAAGUGAAGAAGAGAGAGUUGGUGCUUACUCUUCCUUAUAAUUGGAGUAUAUAAGACGGAUAUCUACAAUGUAAGAAGGGGUGAGGUGCAGGAAUAACAUUAACCUCGUUCAGGGAAAAAACAAGAGAGUCGAAUACACACAGAGAGAGUUGAGUGUAGGGCUGCAUUAACUUCAAAAAGGAAACAAGGACAGAUAAUAAUAAAGAUAAUAAUAAGUUUAAGAGAAAGGAUAAAGUUGGAAAUAUCAUAGCCACAGUUAAAGAAAACUUCAAUUUGGGUAGACAAAUAAUAAUUAAGGGAAUAAAAGGAGGAGGGAAUAUAAGAACUAGUGAAUUGACUGAAACCUGGGCCAAGGAACUAGAUGGCACAUUAGAUAGUGUCAGGCCUGAAGUCAGGAAGACUCAUCUUUCCUGAGUUCAAACCUAGCCUCA